UGCCGCGGAGGAGAGAGACCCAUUACCAAACCGGUCCCGAAAACACAUCUGCCGUUCCAUGAAAACGGACCAGACACGUUCUUACGGGAUAUAUUACACCUGAGUUGUCCAUUGGGCACACAGGUAAGGUGAUUGUGGAGGAGAAAAAUCUGGAUUUGACUCCUAUUUCUGUCAGAGGAAAACUCAGGAGGAUUUAAUACUGUUUCACUUCUGUGGAGGAAAGAGUCUCAGCUGAUGCUGACGAAAAGAGAAAAUAUAAAGACGACACAAUCCAAAGAGGCACUCAAGAGUCUCACUAAAUGGUAGCGUGAGCGUGCAGUCGUCCAGCAGGAGUUUAGGGAACCCCUGCGGUGAGUGCCAACCAAAAAUCAUGCUGCCACAUACCCGACAGGCCUCUCGUCAUGGCAGUGCCACGUCCCUCCUGCUGGUGCUAUGCCUGGCAGUGCCAAUCCAUGCAGACAGCAUGCCCAGUUUUAUUAAGACUCCUGAAGAUCAGACAGGAAUCUCUGGAGGGGUGGCAUCCUUCGUUUGCCAGGCGGUCGGGGAGCCUAAACCACGCAUCACCUGGAUGAAGAAGGGCAAGAAAGUCAGCUCGCAACGCUUUGAGGUGAUAGUGUUUGAUGACGGCUCAGGCUCAGUUUUAAGGAUUCAGCCAUUACGGACACAUCGAGAUGAGGCCAUUUACGAAUGCACGGCCACCAACAGCAUGGGAGAAAUCAACACCAGUGCUAAACUCACUGUACUGGAAGAGGAUCAGAUUCCUCACGGGUUCCCGACCAUAGACAUGGGCCCACAGCUGAAGGUGGUGGAACGGACACGCACGGCCACAAUGCUUUGCGCCGCCAGCGGGAACCCUGACCCAGAGAUCUCCUGGUUCAAAGACUUCCUGCCUGUUGACAUAAAUAGCAGCAAUGGCAGAAUCAAGCAACUCCGCUCAGGUGGUACACCAAUCAGAGGGGCGCUGCAGAUCGAGAACAGUGAGGAAUCGGACCAGGGAAAGUAUGAGUGUGUGGCGGUGAACAGUGCAGGAACGCGGUACUCGGCGCCAGCCAACCUCUACGUCAGAGACCAGCGGGAAGUCCGGCGAGUUCCGCCACGUUUCUCAAUCCCUCCAACCAAUCACGAGGUGAUGCCGGGCGGCAGUGUUAACCUCACCUGUGUGGCAGUGGGUGCCCCUAUGCCCUAUGUCAAGUGGAUGAAGGGAGAAAUGGAAUUAACCAAGGAAGAGGAGAUGCCAGUUGGCCGAAACGUGUUGGAGCUGACCAACAUCCGCCAAACGGCAAACUACACCUGUGUGGCUAUUUCCUCUUUGGGCAUGAUCGACACCACAGCUCAGAUCACAGUCAAAGCCUUGCCCCGAUCUCCCACCUCUUUGAUCGUCACGGAAACCACUGCCACCAGCGUGACUCUAACGUGGGAUUCUGGUAACCCUGAACCCGUAUCAUACUAUGUGAUUCAGUACCGGGCCAAAGUCUCAGACAAUGGUUUCCAGGAGGUUGAUGGAGUGGCCUCCACUCGCUACAGCAUCGGUGGCUUGAGCCCUUACUCUGAGUACGAAUUCAGAGUCAUGGCAGUCAAUAACAUUGGCCGCGGGCCGCCCAGCGGUACGGUGGAGACACGGACCAGCGAACAGGCCCCCUCGUCUCCUCCUUUACGGGUUCAGGCACGGAUGCUGAGCGCCAGCACCAUGUUGGUCCAGUGGGAACCUCCAGAGGAGCCCAACGGACAGAUACGAGGAUAUCGAGUGUACUACACGUCUGAUCUGCACUUGCCGCUCAGCACCUGGCAAAAACACAACACAGAGGACAGCAGCCUGACCACCAUCUCUGGCCUGGUGCCGGACAUCACAUAUGGCCUCCGCGUGCUGGCUUUCACAUCUGUAGGAGAUGGCCCACCAUCAGACAUUCUGCAGGUUAAAACACAGCAAGGAGUCCCGGCCCAGCCAACCAGUUUUGAAGCAGAGGCAGAACUUGACACUCAGAUCAUGCUGUCAUGGCUGUGGCCCGUCCAAGAUCAGAUCAUCAAAUAUGAGCUCACAUACUGGGAGGCCGACUCUGAAAACAAGCACCAGGUGAUCUUUAACCCGGCUGGUUCUUACGCGGUUGAAGGCCUGAAGCCAGACACGCUGUACAAGUUCUCUCUGGCUGCUCGCUCUGAGAUGGGACUCGGGGUGUACACACAGCCCAUUGAGGCCCGGACGGCCCAGUCCACCCCGUCUGCGCCCCCACAGGAAGUGCACCUGAUCAGUCUCAGCUCCACCAGCAUCAAGGUGAGUUGGGCAGCUCCUCCAGCCGCUAGUCGUCACGGCAACAUCGUCAGGUAUUCUCUGGCCUAUCAGGCGGUGUCGGGUGAGGACCAGCAGCGGCACGUGGUGAAGGACAUUCCCGCGGAUGUGUCCAGCUAUGUGCUGGAGGGGUUGGAGAAGUGGACGGAGUAUAUGGUGUGGGUCAAAGCGCACACCAACGUGGGGCCCGGUCCAGAGAGCAGCAGCACCUGCAUCAGAACCAGAGAGGACGUGCCUGGCGCCCCUCCACGCAGGGUUGAGGUGGACAGCGUGAACUCCACGGCCCUGCGGGUGUCAUGGAAACCUCCUCUGCAGCAGAAGCAGCACGGACAGAUCCGCGGCUAUCAGGUGGUUUAUUCGCGGCUGGAGAACGGAGAGCCACGCGGGCAGCCCAGCAUCAUGGAUGUGGCCCUGCCCGAGGCACAGGAGGCCUUCAUCACCGGUCUGUUGCCUGAAACAACAUAUUCUGUUACUGUGGCAGCGUACACCACUAAAGGAGAUGGAGCAAGAAGCAAGGCCAAAGUGGUGACCACGACAGGGGCAGUGCCAGGCAAGCCCACCAUGAUCAUCAGCACCACUAUUGGAAACACAGCUCUGAUCCAGUGGCAGCCCCCGAAAGAGAUGGUGGGUGAGCUGAUGGGCUACAGACUGCGGUACAAGCGUGAAGAAGAGGAGACCUACACCACCCGCGACUUCAGACGCAUCGACGACCACUUCACCGUCACCGGCUUGCACAAGGGCGCCACCUACAUCUUCAAACUCUGCGCAAAGAACCGAGCAGGAAACGGAGAGGAGUACGCCAAAGAGAUCAGCACCCCUGAUGAUAUCCCCAGCAGCUACCCCCAGAAUCUGAGAGUGGUAGGGCUCACGACCACCACCACCAAAUUGGCGUGGGACCCCCCACCUUUACCGGAGAGGAACGGGAAAAUCAUACGAUACGUGGUGGUGUACCGUGAUAUCAACAGCCAUCAGAACCAGACAAACGGUACCGCGGAGACACAAAUGACCAUUCACGGGCUGCAGCCGGACACCACCUAUGACAUCAGAGUGAGAGCAUUUACGGGGAAGGGAGGGGGUCCGAUUAGCCCCAGCAUCCAGAGCAGAACCAUGUCUACCUCCAUGCCUGAGUUCACCAAAAACUUUGGUGUGAAAGCUGUCAUGAAGACCUCUGUCCUGCUCACGUGGGAGGUGCCAGAAACAUACAAGUCUCAGGUACCUUUCAAGAUCCUGUAUAACCAGCAGAGUGUGGAGGUGCAGGGCGAUCUGAAGAGGAAGCUGAUCACGCGGCUGCAGCCAGACACAGAUUAUUCUUUUGUGUUGAUGAGUCGAGGAAACAGCGCCGGUGGACUACAGCAGCAAGUGUCCAUCCGCACCGCCCCAGACCUGUUUACCACCAAACCAGCCCACUACAAACAGGACCCAGAGCAGGGUGGCAAACUCACCAUCACACUACCCAAAGUGCAAAACAGCGCCCUCGUCAGGUGGUUUUACAUAGUGGUGGUGCCAGUUACUACAUCCACUCUACACCGUUGGGAGAGCCCAGAGGAUAUGGAUCUAGACGAGCUUUUGGAGGGUAGCAGAGACUCAGACGUGAGGAGGAAGAGGCAAGCUCAGGACUUACUGCGACCGUACAUCGCUGCCAAGUUGGAGUAUCUUCCCGAGACCUUUGUGUUAGGAGAUGAGAAAACCUACAAUGGCUUCUUCAACAAACCUCUUCCUGGCCAGCAACAGUAUCUCACAUUUACACUGGCAGCACUGAAAGACCGGGACUCAAUGUUUACAGUGAGUCCAUACUCUGAUCCCAUGAUGGUGAAACUCCACAGCGGGAUGUCUCGUCAUGUGGAAGACCCAGAGAUGCUCUGGGUGAUGGGACCCGUGCUGGCUGUCGUUCUGAUCAUCAUCAUCGUCAUCGCCAUCCUGCUCUUCAAGAGGAAGCGCACCUCUCCCUCAGCUAAAGAUGAGCACUCAGCUGGAGUUAAAGAUCACUUACUGGCCCAUUCCUCCGACCCAGUGGAAAUGAGGAGACUCAACUAUCAGACACAAGGUACAAGUGCCUUCAGCUGCCCCAACACUACAAGAAUGCGGGAACACCCUCCAGUUUCCGUAUGUGCUUUGGCUGACCACAUCGAGCGGCUAAAAGCCAAUGAUGGCCUGCUUUUCUCACAAGAAUAUGAGUCUAUUGAACCUGGUCAACAGUUCACCUGGGAGAACUCCAACUUAGAGGUUAACAAGCCCAAGAACCGCUAUGCAAACGUCAUCGCCUACGACCACUCCAGAGUCGUGCUGACACCCGUUGAUGGUGUACCAGGAAGUGACUACAUCAAUGCUAACUACAUCGAUGGCUAUCGCAAGCAGAACGCGUACAUCGCCACUCAGGGUCCUCUGCCCGAGACACUCAGUGACUUCUGGAGGAUGGUGUGGGAGCAAAGAACCAACACCAUAGUCAUGAUGACCAGACUGGAGGAGAAGAGCAGGGUGAAAUGUGAUCAGUACUGGCCGAGUCGUGGGACGGAAACAUAUGGUAUGAUUCAGGUGUCCAUGCUGGACACAGUGGAGUUAGCCACCUACAGCGUCAGAACAUUCGCCCUGUAUAAGAACGGAUCCAGUGAGAAACGGGAAGUUCGACAGUUCCAGUUCAUGGCCUGGCCGGAUCACGGAGUUCCCGAAUACCCCACACCGAUUUUAGCCUUUCUACGUAGAGUCAAGGCCUGCAACCCACUAGACGCAGGACCCAUGGUGGUACACUGCAGUGCUGGUGUAGGUCGGACAGGCUGCUUUAUCGUAAUAGAGGCCAUGCUAGAGCGCAUGAAACACGAGAAGUCUGUGGAUAUCUAUGGUCAUGUGACCUGCAUGCGUGCUCAGAGGAACUAUAUGGUGCAGACUGAAGAUCAGUACAUCUUCAUCCAUGAAGCUUUGCUGGAGGCCGCCACCUGCGGGAACACAGAAGUCCCUGCACGGAGCCUGUACACGCAUAUCCAAAAACUCACGCAGGUGCCACCUGGAGACACCGUCACCGCCAUGGAGCUAGAGUUUAAGAAACUGGCCAACUCUAAAGCACACACGUCCAGAUUCAUCAGUGCUAGUCUGCCGUGCAACAAGUUUAAGAACCGACUGGUGAACAUCAUGCCCUUUGAGUCCAGCCGUGUGUUUUUACAGCCAAUCAGAGGUGUGGAGGGGUCGGACUACAUUAACGCCAGCUUUAUUGAUGGAUACAGGCAGCAGAAGGCGUAUAUAGCCACGCAGGGUACUCUCGCCGAAACCACGGAAGACUUCUGGAGGAUGCUGUGGGAGCACAACUCCACCAUCAUAGUGAUGCUGACGAAGCUCAGAGAGAUGGGACGAGAGAAGUGUCAUCAGUACUGGCCUGCAGAGAGAUCUGCUCGAUACCAAUAUUUUGUUGUGGACCCCAUGGCUGAAUACAACAUGCCGCAAUACAUCUUACGGGAGUUUAAAGUCACAGACGCCAGGGAUGGCCAGUCCAGAACGAUCCGCCAGUUCCAGUUCACUGAUUGGCCGGAACAAGGUGUGCCAAAGACAGGAGAGGGCUUCAUUGAUUUCAUUGGCCAAGUUCACAAAACCAAGGAGCAGUUCGGACAGGAUGGACCAAUCACUGUUCACUGCAGUGCUGGUGUGGGCAGAACAGGAGUGUUUAUCACUCUGAGUAUUGUGCUGGAGCGGAUGAGAUAUGAAGGAGUGGUGGACAUGUUCCAGACCAUAAAAACGCUGCGCACACAGAGACCUGCCAUGGUACAGACAGAGGACCAGUACCAGCUGUGUUACCGGGCAGCUCUAGAGUACCUGGGCAGCUUUGAUCACUAUGCAACGUAACCACUCCCAGAAUGCCUCAGAACGCCACCUCCACAGAGCCGCUACUUUUCUCUGAGCCAUAAACAUCCUACCUGUUCAGUCAAUACUGCUGGAGGGAGAAAGAGAGACAGACAGACGGAGAGAGAUGGACAGGGAGAUAAUUCACUCCAUUCGUGUUCUUCUCUCUUAAAACAGCCGCAAACGUUUCAUUCUGGUCCCUAUAUAUGCACAGCUCCUGUCUUUGUACCCUGCUGAGUGUAUUACCUUACCGCUUUUUUAUUAUUACCAUAUCAUCAUGCUCUUCAUGUUCAUGAAUGUUGUCUACGAUUUUCAUAAUCAGUAAUUUUGCCUUUUUUUUUACUUGUACAAAUAUCUAAAGAUCCUUAAAACAAUAUACAUUUCUUGAGCAGCGGAAUUGCAAAUUAAUGUUUAUUUUUCUUACCACAUUGCAAAUCCUUUUUUUAUUUUAUUUAAUUUUUUAUGCAUAAAUCAAACUAAAUAUAAUGGUUUAUGAGGUAUUGAGGUACAACCCCAAUUCCGAAAAGGUUGGGACAGUAAAGAAAAAUGAGAAUAAAAACAAAAAGGAGUGAUUUGUAAAUUAUAUUCAGCAUUUGCUAUAUUGAAAGCACUACAACCUGUGAAUUUCAUUGUUUUUUAUUUAAUGUACAGUAAUUUCAAAUCAGAUGAUUGCAACACGCUCCAAAAAAGUUGAGACGGGGCAAUUUAAGACUAAUAACAAUUUGACGAGUUGAAAUAAGAAGGCGAUGUGAAACAGGAGAUGUUAAACAGGUGACGUAAUCGUGUCAUAGUAUUUAAGGAGCCUCCAAAAACAGCCUAGUCCUUCAAGAGCAAGAAUCGUUCAAAACUUGUCAAUUUGCCAAAAGAUGCUUCAGCAAAUAAUCCAAUUUAUUUUGAGAACAAUGUUCCCCCAAAGACAAAUUGGAGGGAUUUUGGGCAUUUCACCCUAUACAGUGCACAAUAUUGUUUAAAGAUUCAAGGAAUCUGGUCAAAUCUCGGUGCGUAAAGGGCAAGAUGAAAACCACUAAUGAAUGCGCAUGAUCUCUGAUCCCUCAGACAUCACUGUCUUAAAAAACGUCAUUCAUCUGUAAUGGAUAUCAUGAACAUGGGCUUGAGAUAACUUUAGUAAACCUUUGUUAGUCAACACCAUUCGCCGCUGCAUCCACAGAUGCAAGUUAAGACUUUACUAUGUAAAGCAGAAGCCGUACAUCAACACUGUCCAGAAGCACUGCCGACUUCUCUGGGCUCGGUCUCAUCUUAGAUGGAAAGUAGAACAGUGGAACUGUGUUUUUUGGUCCGAUGAGUCCACAUUUCAAAUAGUUUUUAAUAAACACAGCCAUCGUGUUAUCCGGGCCAAAGAGGAAAAGGACCAUCCAAGCUGUUAUCAGCCUCAGGUCCAAAAGCCAGUGUCUGUAUGGACCAGGGGUGUGUCAGUGCCCAUGACAUGGGCAACUCGCACAUCUGUGAGGGCACCAUUAAUGAAGACAGAUAUGUACACAUUUUGGAGCAACAUAUACUGCCAUCCAGCACCGUCUUUUCCGGGGUGUCCCAGAAUUUUCCAGCAGGACAACUUCAAACCACAUACUGCCCGGAUUACAAGUGCAUGGCUGUGUGAGCAGAGAGUGCAGUGCUAGAUUGUCCUGCCUGCAGGCCUGAGCAUCUCCAAUUGUGAAUGUGUGGUGCAUUAUGAAGCGCACAAUACAGCAAUGAAGACCCCGUACAAUUGUGCAGCUGAAGACCUGCAUAAUGGAUGAAUGGGGGAAAAUUCCACUUUCUAAACUUAACAAACUUGUGUCUUCAGUGCCCAAAUGUUUAAUAAGUGUUAUUAGAAGAAAUGGUGAUUUUUCACAGUGGUAAACACUCGACUGUCCCAACUUGAGUGUGUUGCAAUCAUCUGAUUUGAAAUUACUGUACAUAAAAAAAAAAAAAAAAUGAAAUUCACAAGGUAAAACACCAUGUAAUGUUAGUUGUAGUGCUUUUAAUAUAGUUAAGGUUGAAUAAUUUAUAAAUCACUCCUUUUUGUUUUUUUAUUAGCAUUUUUCAAAUUGUCCCAACUUUUUCAGAAUUGGGGUUGUAAGAAAAAUAGACACAUUUUACCUUCAAGUGCACAUGCGAAAUUAAGUCCAAAUGUUUUGCGUUAUUACGACAUGUCACGCAUUCAUGUGGGAAGAAGUCAAACUAAAAUAAAUACACAAUGAAAGAGUGGAUAAGUGUAAGUGAAUACACCUGCAGUACUUUUACAUGACCUAUAUGAUUUAUUACUGUAUGGUAUCCAGUGUUGGGUAAGUUACUUAAAAAUAGUAAUCCUAAAUCCUAAAAACAAUUACUAAUUAUUGCUUUAAAAUUGUACUCAGAUUACUUUACUAAUUACUUCAUUGACAAAGUAAUCACAUUACUAAUUAAUUUACUUUUAAGUUACUGUCUAAAACACUUUUCCGUUCAACAAUUCAAAAUAAUGUCUAUAUUUCUUGUUUAUUGUUCUUUCAAGUCAUACACUCGGCACAUCACAUUUCUCCUGCACAAUGACUCGUUACGGGGCCAUAAGUCAUGUAUUCUACAUAAAUAAUAGCAUAAACCUAUAAAGUACUUAAACAUAAUUAAAUAAUUGAAAACAGUAACUGUAAUCUGAUUACAAGAAUUUAAAAUGUAAUGUAUUACACUACUUUUUGACAAAAAAAAGUCAUUAGAUUACAGUAACUAAUCACUUUAUAAUUGGAUUACACCCAACACUGGUGGUAUUUAACAUAUUAUUAAUUAAUUUGAACAAAACAAACCUCGAAGUCUUUAAGUUUACAUUAGUUGACCAUUAGAUCUGUCAUAUAUAACAAAUCAAUAUUAUAAAAACAAAUAUAGCACUGAAAUUAAAAUAAUUUUGCUAAAUAAUUGCUUUCCAUCAUCUUUCAUGAUGACAUACUUCCAACAUCUUGGCAAAUCGGGAUCAUCUAGAAUUCCAAGUUUGCAACUGUCUUUGCUUGUUCGCUCAGGUGCUUGGAACUCUUAAUUACGAUAUUUUUGACUGAGAAGGCCACAUCGAUUUAAGAUGUAUUAGAUAAAUAAGUACAUUUGAUUCUCAAGUAAAUUUGGCUUGUUUUAAGGAUGUUUAGAUAUUUUCUACUAGAAAACUAGAAAAAAUUCUGAUUAAGAAAAUAACUUUUUGCUGUUUUAUUAUUAUUAUUUGUAAUAUUAUUGUUGCCAUUUCUGUUGGUAUAUCUGUCAGAAAGUACAAUAUUUGUAUCAUUUAUGCUGAUCAUUGUGUAUCUAAGGGGUUUGUUUUAAUGUUUAUUUUUUUCUUAUAUUAUUAUUAUUAUUAUUAUUCUUUUUUGAAAUUUUCCUUUAUGUUCAAUUAUUUUUAGCACAUGUGGACAUGUAUUUUCACAUGACCCAAGUUAUUAAUACUAAAAGAGGUGUAUUAAGAGCUGCUGAUGAUUUCUUACUUUUUAUCAUUAUUAUGAUAUUUUAAUGAUCUUUUAUUUUGAUGGUAAAGGGGGAAACUUUUAUAUAUUAAAAAAACAAACUUUUCACCUCCUGAUAGUUUAGAAAAACAAUAUAAUCAAAUACAAAGGAUGAAAUGCUUACACCAGAUUUAGUGACCUGAAUGAAUCUGUUGUCGUUAAAGAAAACUGAAUAAACGAAUGAAAUGAGAGAACACAGUCUGCUCGAAAUAGCAGUAAACUGUCAUUAUCUGGGAACUCUCAACACUUGCUGCCACAGCAAAGUCUUUGUUUCAAGCGGGGUCAGCCGAGGUUAAAGGUCAACUCAUACUAACGGCCAGGCCUUGACCUGACAAACUUGCACGCACAUGUACAGCCGUCACGCACGUCCAAUGAACCUCAGAAAUCGCAGUUCAGACUAGCAGCUGAAGUGCUUUGGCUGAUAGUGAAAUGAAAUGACUCAACUCACCAGCUGAGACUGAAAACAAUCCUGAACACUCCAUAUGUGGUAUUAACGGACAUCCGAUCAUUUUUCACUGUGGCUCUUGAAGACAAAUCUCCUUAACGUCACAACUGCAUCAUUGGACUGAAAAUGUGUGCAUACUUGAGCGUUUCUUUUCUCCUAUGGCCUGAGCACAAAGAUGAAAUAUGAGCACAUGGUAAGAAAUCAUUUCACUUUGUGUUCACAAAGAUACAAAACCACAGUAAAUCUGUUGUACAGGCAACAAAUCUGUUGUGUCUGUUUUCUAUUUGUUAAUAAAAAAGGAGAGAAAUAUGUGUUAAUAAAAUGCUUAAUUGGGGUUUGUACAUUGUUA